AUGGCCGGUAAAGCCGCAAUGCCCACCGUCAGCUCAUCGUCUUCCAGCAAUGCGCACUCGUUGAGUGCAGCAGCAGCACUCGCGGCAACAUCCCAAGGAGACCAGCGCCCAGCGCUGGCGAUCAAUUCAUUUUCCACAUAUGCUACGGCGACGGCAGCCAAAAGAGCGUUGCAGCUAAAUACGAGCUUCACCGCUCCGGAAGGCGCCUACCGAUGCGUGGCAAGCUUGGUGCAUCCUUCAUACACGCAGGCGGGCAGCCUGGUCUCGGCCGGACUCAAGCCCGAUGUGAGUGGGAAACCGGUGCCUGUGAAUGGGAAUGGCACUCUCUCCUCGGCGGGGGGCUUCGGAUCGAAAACAGCGCACAACGCUGUCUUCGCUCCAAACAAUUCGAACAGCAGCGCAGGAUCUGUACGACCAAACAGUGUUACGGAAAAUGGAGCAAACCCUCCGACACCAUCAACAGCUGCAAAGCCCUCGGGUGCUUCCACUUCAGGCCCUGUGCUCGCACCAACAAUGAUACAGCUUGCACAGGCCAGCGCAGCAGCGUACGCACAGUAUGCCACCCCUCUUCCACAAAUAUCCUGCGUCAGUGUCAAAUACGCCUUGUCAAAAGGCAAGGAGAAGCAACAAGCAAAGGCAGCAGCAGCCGCUCGGCUCGCUGCGAUAGAAGCCAAAGAAGAAGACUCGGUGGACGAGGUUACACUUGGAUUAGCACCUUCCGGCGGCGGCACGUCAAUGGGACUAGGAAUCGGAAAAGUUGGCGCAGGUCUUCGAAGAGGCAUCGGUCUCGGUGGACCUUCUGCCGGCUCAGGCGGCGGCUUUGUAUCUGGAGUACCAGCUCAUCUGCAAAGCAACGCCAGCUGGACGCGGUCCCUUAUUGAAGCGACGCUCGCUUCUCAGGGGACCGACUUUCCUGCGCAAAGCCCUGAGCCGCCCAUUGCUGGUAUUGUGGAGUAUCGAGGGCUCCUCGCAGCGGCGAGGAAUGACUCGCUUUCAGGCACUGGAAUUGGUGCUAUGGAUGACUCAAAGACCGAUCGACCCCCGUCUGUCCAAGGCGAUGGCGCGUCACAUGGGACUGGCCUUAACAGCUCCCACACGUCUGGGUUGAAUCCUUCAGCUCUCAUAUCGAGCAAAGUGCUGCCACCGCCGACGCCUUCCUCGGCGACAGGACCCACUCUCCCUUCCAACCGUCCCUCGCCUCCUCUUCACACGCUGCUCACGGCACCAUCAUCCUCAGGGAAUGUCUCGUCAGUCGGACGGCCAAAGAACAACAUGCGCGGCGCAAAUAGCUCAUUUGUGACGCGCCUUAGCACACAUCCUGAUUUUGCUAAGAUCCUUGCUGCUCGCAAUGGGUCUGGCGACUCUGAAACAUUUGCCUUCGUGUCGAAUGGACGAACGCUGACUUGGAUGCUCGAUGCAGGGUGCUUGAAGACCCAUUUGGCGAAAGAGCCACUGGCGAGGUUCGGCUUCUCCACCAACAUUACAGCGCACGACAUCAACGCCUCGACGAGAAGUGCAUCAAGUUUGGACAUUAUCAUUGGCUUCCAGACUGGUGACCUCAUCUGGCUCGAUCCCGUCAGCUGCCGCUACACCCGCAUCAAUAAAGGCGGUGUCAUCUGCAGCUCCCCCGUCUCCGUGUUGAGGUGGUUGCCGGGCACCGAAGGUGCGUUCCUUGCCGCGCACAUAGAUGGAACAAUUAUCGUCUAUGAGACCGGGAAGGAGGACAGUGCUGGCCCUGGCAAGGAAACGGGAUGGUUCCCAAAGUUGUCCAGCCCUGUCUAUGUGCGCAGGCUGGAGCGGCAGCGAGACGAGAGCGUCAGCUCAGUCGGCGCUGGUGAACCCUGCAUGAACUCACCACUUGCUGGAUCCUUUAGCCACGCUCACAGGAAGCCAAAUGACGGAUUUCAAGACAGAGCGCUCGAAGGGCUGAUACCUCAAGCAAACGUGGAUCCCGCUACGCGCACCAUUCCUCAGAGCUCUUCAUCCCCGGCAGCCGCUUCGCCUAUCAACGGCAGCUCCUUCCGGCGACCGGACUUAGGCCCGCGGACUUUAACUAGUUCUACCUCGGCUACCGCAGCUUCUCACGCUGCGUCUGAUAAUGGUGCGGGCGCGAGUAAAGCUCCGGCAGGGCUUUCACCAUUGCUCCCUGCGGAGCUGGCGUUACUAGGCGGCCCAAGCGUCCUUGCUAUCGCAGACGUCUGGAACCCUCAGGCAGGUAUGCUGGUCACUCGUCCCGGCGUACCGAUAGGUUACUCGUCAGCUCCAAACCUCAUCGACCUUGCGGUAGCGGGUGCGAUCACUGGGCCGAAGAAGGAGCCAAACUGGAGCAAGUUGAAUCCUAUAAGCCAUUGGAGGGUGAGCAGGGAGAAAAUCACUGGAAUGGCUUUUAGCCCGGAUGCCUCGCUGCUGGCUGUAACAUCGGAGGACGGCUAUUUACGUAUUAUCGACGUGCAAGCUGAAGUACUUCUCGACACAUUCGGCUCGUACUUUGGCGGCUUUACCUGCGUCUGUUGGUCACCAGAUGGCCGCCUCCUGGUAACCGGCGGGCAAGACGAUUUGAUAACUGUGUUCGCGCCGCGCGAAGGUCGUGUCCUUGCACGGUGUCAAGGCCAUACUUCUUACGUAACCAGCGUUGCAUUUGAUCCGUGGCGAUGGAAAGCAGAAGACAGAAUUUAUCGCUUCGGCAGCGUGGGAGAAGAUGGAAAGCUAAUCCUUUGGGACUUCUCAGGCGCAACCCUUCACCGUCCAAAGACGCGCGUGCAUGGUGCACACUCUCUCGGCGGAUAUCGCGCAUCUGUCCUAGGCUCAACAUUUUCGCUCGUCGAACGCUACGGCCGCCGGGGCAGCCAAUCAGUGAACGACAGGCAAGAUACGGGCCAGGCCAAUGAGGCGAUCACACAUGCAGCACCACUGCGAGGAGAGACCGCGAUGCUUUUGCCAAUUCUUACACAUCAAGUCGAAGGCGACAGCAUCGGUAUUCUGGCACAAAUUCGAUUCAGACCCGAAGGAAUCGUUGUGCUACAUCGGGAUGGCGGUGUGGACACUUUCCUGAGACCGAAUGUCCCCCUCUCCUUGCUCACAGCCCAAGCUCCGCAGAAUGCUCAGAUGGACACGACCACAGGGGAACGCAACGCAGGCUCAGUCCCAGCUGGACCUCUCAGCACGCGCGCAAGAGGACUGAGCUUCGGUCUGCGCAAGAACACAUCGGACAAUGUGACGACUGUAAAAUGA